ACGCCAGACUCUGCUGGUGGGUUUGCGGCCUUGGAGAUCACAUUGGCGCGGGCGGCCUCGUACGUCUGCUCAGCCGUGGGAGGCUCCUGGCCUGCGUCCUCAGCGUCGGCAAUGGCGUUCUCGACGGCGUUGUCCAUCUUGCUGCGCACAACGAGCACAGGGACGCGACGACGAAGGCACUCCUAGUAGAUCUGACACGAGAAGACACACACGGAGACAGAGACACGGAGAGAGGGGUGACAGUCCAGAAAAGAGCCCUCCCGGUCAUGUGCUGACCUUGUGGUCAAUCGCGCGCAACCGCUCGGCGACGACGAGCAGGACGAUGGUGGCGUAUCUGAUCCCAAUCAUUCGGGGAUAUGUAUCCUCGGGCACAAGCAACGUCCCUGCCCCUGGGCAGAAGCGACAGAGAAAGGAUACACAAACUUUCCUCUGUUUCUCUGUGCCCCCCGUCUCUCUGCUUCCUUUGCCCCGUCACUGCUCGCCCACCCGGUGUGUCGAUCAUGAUAGCCAGGUGGAAGAGUGGGCUGUCCUCGGCGAAGGUGUAGACGGUGGGUCUCUCCGUGCACUCGCCAAGAGCACUAACCGCGGCCCGCGCGACAGUGCUGCCUCCGCGGGCCAGCGCGUAGAGAUGGCUGACCACCAUCAUCAGCAGGUUGAUCAGGGUCGACUUGCCGGUGCCCGCGUUUCCACACAGCAUGACCUGUGCCCUGUUCGGGUGAUCCUCCAUGGCCUGCUUCUGGUACUCGGUCCUCGGAUAGUCCUGCUCGAACUUGCGCUUCCUCUCCUCUUCCUCGGCGAGGGCCUUGCGGGCUCCCUCAUCUUGCGCGGCAAACAAUUGUUGCUCGUGACGGCGCUGCAGGUCUGCCUCGUUCUGCUGACGGUUGGCUUCUGCCUGCGUCUCCAUCUCUUCGGCCGCACCUUUGGCCGCCCGACGAACCGCUUCUGGAACUGGACCGCCUCCACCCCCGCCGAAGGGGAGUUUGGCGACUUCGACGGCUGCAAGAACGUAGGGCACAGCCUGGAAGACAGCGGAGGCCACGGUAGAGACCACGUUACCCAUGCUGCCGGGGAAAGUGGAUGCGAAACCAAGGGAAAGGAAAGAAACUCGGCGGAAAGAGGAAACAAAGAAGAUUGCGAGCGUACAGUACAGUGCGGCUCGGGAUCCAUCACAACGGCGCUCGGGAUCGCCAUGCAUCCCAUGGU